AUGUCGACCUUCCAGCCGCACCAGCCCCUGCACUUCACGGCCGGGCUCACCCUGCUCCAGCGUGUCGCGGCGUGGCUGGGCUGGGUGGCAGCCAGCGGGCUGCUGCUGUGGAGGCAGCGGGCCCAGGCGCCCGGCACGCCUCGCCUGGCGGCCGCCGCGCCGCUCUUGGCGGCCAACCUCAUCGUGCCAUUACUGUUUGGAGGGGACGAGGUGGUGACCUGCUUCAUAGUCGCCAUCUUUACUUCCAUGAUCGCAAACCUCAAGGUGCUCGGCUGGGUGCUCAAUCGCGGCUGCCUGCGCCGCCCCCUCACUCCCGCCCAGUUCCUGGCCGUGUAUGCACUGCCCAUCAUCCCCGCCGAAGAGCAGGCUGCGGAGCGCGAGGCGGCGGCCUCCCAGGCCAAGGCAAGGCGCAAGGGGCGCACCCACGAGACCUACUCUGCGGGCAUACACUUUUGGCGAUUCGUGCGCAAGCUCGUGCUGCUGGCGGGCGUGGUGUGGGUGCUGGCGACGUAUCGCCUGCCCCCCAUUCCCCAGCUGCUGGUCCAGACCCUGUCGAUGUACCUUGUGCUAUCCAUCAGCUGCGACGGCCUGGCGGCGCUGGUCAGCACCGCGCUGCGCCUGCCCAUCUCCCCACAUUUUGACAGCCCCUACGGCUGCACCUCAGUGGCAGACUUCUGGAACAGAAGCUGCGUGUACAAUCCAAUCAUGGAAGGCCGGCUGGUGCACCGCCCCGGCGAGCCUGGCCCCGCCUUCAGCCGCGCCCGGCGCAUGGUGGCAGUGCUGGCCUCCUUUCUUGUCAGCGGCCUGGUGCAUGAGGGCCUCUACUGGUACUACACCGGCCGCUUCACACCGCACCUUCUCUGGCUCUGGCACUUUGUGCUGUGGGGCCUGAUCAUUGUGGGGGAGAAUGUCGGCCGCCGGGCGCUCAGGGAUGCAGGGAUCGUGGUGCCCCUGUGGGCCGCAACCGCCCUGACGCUCACCCUGUUGCAUGCCAUGGUCGGCCUGUUUUGGUUCCCGCCCCUGAACCAGGCCGGCAUCAUGCAGCUAGGGACGGCCAACCUGUACAGCGGGUGGCAGGGUGCUAAGGCAGCGGCGCUGCGUGCAUGGGGCGCCUGA